ACUUUACUGCUAACAAGUCUGUUCCUCUUAUUUUCAAGAGCAGAUCUACUUUAAUAAGGUGCUUCAGCUUCAGUACAACAGCACUUUGGGGAAAAAUGUCGGCUACACAGAGAAAAUGAAGGAAAUUGCAGAUGAACUCAACAAAAACAUACCUUUCUUGGAACAAGAAAAAAAGAACAAAGAGAAGUGCAGAACCAACGUCCCGCUAGUGUUAAAUGUGCUUUCAAGACCAGUUGAGCCCACAGCCAAGCUGAGGUUAGUUGAGUCAGCAGAAAGUGAACAUCCAGGCAUGUUGAUGUGCAGCGCGUACAACUUUUAUCCCAAACAAAUCAAACUGACAUGGCUGAGGGACGGAAAGGAGGCAACAUCUGAUGUCACGUCCACUGAGGAGCUACCCAACGGAAACUGGCUCUACCAGAUUCACUCCUACCUGGAGAUUAUACCCAAACCUGGAGAGAACAUCAGCUGCAUGGUGGAGCACGCCAGCCUCAUGAAGCCCAAAUUUUAUGACUGGGAUCCAACAUCUGAGGCAGAGAAGAAUAAGAUUGCUAUAGGUGUAGCAGGGCUGCUGCUGGGUUUGGUGUUUGUACUCGGUGGAGCUGUUUUCUACAAGCGGAACACUACAAGCCGGAUUUUGGUGCCAACAGGUUAAUCUACCUGUUUGGAGGUACUGUCUGAAGGUGGAAUCAUCUAAGAAACAAUGGCAGCAAAUGGAAAAAAAUCAUUUUGAGUUUGCCAAUUGGGAAAAGAUACUUAUACUUUGUCCAUUGAGACUGGAGAAUUCAGAAAUAUUCAGCAAAAAAUAAACAUAUGACUUAAGACUUUUGUUUAUAAAACAUCACAACUAAAUUAACAAUGUAACUAAUGAUUUAAUUAAUUUAUUUAGAUUUCUCAGAGUCUGGGCUGUAAAUGUUCAUGUUGACAGAGAUGCUGCUGGUUUGAAGGUCUACUUGAUCGUGAAAUGUUUUAUUAAUAUUACUGAAAAUGUUAAAAAUGUAUA